GUGCUAUGCUCAUUUCAUGGACACAAUUUACCGGUACUCACUUUAUGUUUCAUUGAUAAUGGAUACGGUUCUAAUAAACCGCAUGGAAUUUCUACUUCACAGCUGUGGUUAGCUAGUACCUGUCAAGAUGGUAGUAUGAUUAUAUGGGAUAUAUCCAGUGUGACUACAGAAGCUCCAUCUUCAACAACUCAAUGUCUCAGCCGUCAGUUAUGUUCUUCCACUGGGUGUCAUCGCCGACCUGUAACUGUUUCUGCUUGGCAUCCACAGCGACAAGUCUUAGCUACUGGAAGUUUGGAUUGUUUAGUUUGCCUUUGGGAGAUGAGUGAAUUGGGUUUUGGAUCACUUUCUUAUGCGAAACCAUCCAAUUUGAAUAAACUCACCCUAGCCAAAAAAUUAAAACCAACUCUCCUAUCAAUGCACUUGUUUUUCGGUUAUCAGACUAUACAUCUGACAGCGAAAAUUCUGUUUCUAAUGAUGUGA